CAAGAGCUUCUAUACAGCAUAGCCCUAGUGGACCGUGAGUUGAAUAUAUUACAUAUUUACUGGUUUAAAAUGUCUGUCGUACUUUCUAGGGAACAGAGGCCAUACUUUCCAAAUAGGACUCUUCCGCACACCUACUGUGGAUUCCUUUACCCAGGACACCAUACAUACCGGCAAGCCCAUAAGCAGCACUUGUACUACAAUGAUUUUAAGACAAGAACAGCUAUCUAUACUAUUGAAAAGGUUAAAUGGCAAGCAAAGGAAUGCUCUGAUAGAGUGUCUGCGAGGAAUGAAUGUGAACCCAAAGAACAGGGAAGGAAUGAACACUCUGCUCAACACUCCGCAAGAUUUACAACCACUAAUCUUAAACCACCAUCAUGUGAAUCACAGAAAGCCACUGGCGCUACCACCACCAUGCAAGAGAAGGAAUCUAGGUGCUCCCCAGCUUCUGCACCGGCUACCACCAGAGGAAUGGGAACAGCCGUGGAGAAACUAGAGGACUAUGCUUUGAAUAGACAAGGCAGGACUAUUUACAAUGUACAAAGUGGCCUUGUACCCAAUUAUUGUGGGCAUGUCCCAGGUCAGAAGUUUGUGUUUGGAAGAACCUGGGGAGCGAGCACCGUUAACACUUUGGGAUUCGGGCAUCAGAGACCUUUCCAGUGGACGUCUCUCUUUUGACUCUUGAGCAAGGACCAAACUUCAUUUUGUUUUAAAGGCAAUAUUUUGAAAUAUCUGUUUAGAAGAAAAGCUGUGUUCGAAACUAAAAUAAGAAUCUCUCUCAGUCUCUUGUAUGUUUAUAAGUGAUUGGAGGCUAUCUCUAAUGAAGUUGAGAGUGUAUUUCUCACACUCUCUUUGCUGUGUCUAUACCACACCAGUGCGAGAAGAUACAAAAGUUUGUUUAUGUAGAUUGUGUUAUGGUUUAAACGUUUAGAAUUAUUUGUCACUGACGUUCUGAUUGUGUGAUCUACACUCUCAGUGACAUUAUAGUGUAGUUGCUGAUAAUAGGUUACAAUGGUGAUGUGAUCAUUUUUAGAAUGCAGUUUAGUCAUGUGUCUUGGUUACAGUCCCUUUUCUGUUCAGUUUUCAUCUGCUUUGAUUCACCAGAAUUACAGGUGGGUUAUGAUUCCCCACAACCAAACAAAUGUUUCAAUCAACAUUGAAAACUCUGGAAAAACUCUGGCUGGUUCAUUUACUCCAGUAGGUGGCAAGGUCACUGCCGUUGGAAAUAUGUACAGCAAAAGGAACUACAAAGAAUUUAGAAUUUUAAAAACAUCUUCAUAAUAAUAAUAAUAAUAAUGUUUCUUAGGAUUUGGAAAA